UAAUUGAACAUACACCACUAACAGCUUGUCGUAACUAUAAAACAUAUUCUUUAUAAAAAAUAUAUUAAUUUACAUGACUUUCCAAGUGUAGAAAUCACACUUUUAGUGCAUAGAAGUGAAUGAAAGAGAGUAUUAAAGUCAACCAUAUUUGACUGGUGAAGGUCUUCCACAUUGAACUCUAAAAAUGCAUCUGUUGUUUUCCAAACAUCGCUCACACCACACAGACAUGGCUGUGAACGACACACAUCCUGUGUUUAAUCUGUCCUAAGCCUUUGAAGUGCACUAAACCACUAGGGGAUCAGACUCGAUGGGACGUGCACAAGUGUAAUCCCCUUUCUGCCCUGUUAACCAAGUGCUGUUCUGAUUUGUUGUCUUCCGUUUAAGUGUCUUUUGUUAGGUUCCUGCUGACCAGGGAUGUGAAACUGCCAUGGAUCAUGAGAUACCCCAUGGCUUUGGCUCUUUGUGAACAUGUUAGUUCCUUGACAACAUGGAAAAGCUUUAGGUGAGGAAUGCCAUGUAACAGAAUCAUCUUGAAGUGGGAGGUCUGGCCCUCUUCUGUGGUACAGAGUGUUCGGCUUUCUCCCUACUUGAUGUGGGGGCAGCUACGGCAUCUUCUCUUGGCCUGUCGGCACGACGAGGGUUACUUAGCGACAGGAAGUUAUGAAAAUGAAGACGAGAAUGAAAACACGGAGGGCAGAUCAAAGGAUCCCAUAUACAUUCAGCCCAUGGGAUCAGAGCGGAUGGAGAUGCGAAAGAGGCAGAUGUCGGUGCAGCAGGAGUCGGUGGCGGGCACCACAGCACCGGCGCAGAACGAGCAGCCCGGCCAGGGGAACCGUGGCUCCAACGCAUGCUGCUUCUGUUGGUGCUGUUGCUGCAGCUGCUCCUGUCUCACUGUUAGGAAUGAAGACAGAGAAGAGAGGAACCGGAGAGCCUCGUAUGAUUUUAAAGCAGAGGAGAACGCAGACUUCGAGGAGAGUCCGAAACCGACUGCGGAGGAGAUACUCUUGUGGGGGCAAUCCUUCGACAAACUGAUGCAAUGCCCCUCUGGAAGAAGUGCCUUCCGGCAGUUUCUGCGCACCGAGUUCAGUGAGGAAAACAUGCUCUUCUGGUUGGCCUGCGAGGAAUUCAGUAAGGAAACCAAUAAAAGCUCCAUCGAAGAGAAGGCGCGGAUAAUAUACGAAGACUACAUUUCAAUUCUCUCACCCAAAGAGGUGAGCCUCGACUCUAGAGUUCGGGAGGUUAUAAACAGGAAUAUGCUGGAGCCAACAUCCCACACGUUCGACGAUGCCCAGCUCCAGAUCUACACACUGAUGCAAAGAGACUCGUAUCCGCGGUUCAUGAACUCCCCAGUCUACAAAAACCUGCUUAAGACAGUCUCUGAGGAGUCGGUGGAAUCUUAGAUCUCUGUGAUCCCGGUCGAAUGCCCCCUCCCUAUCUUUUAUUUGUUACCUUUCCUUGUGUAGAAUAUGUUUUAAAGGACCUCAGCGUGGGUCCUCCCAGGGAUUUUACUGCUAUAGCGAUCUGUACCUGAAAAAAGACGCUCAGGUCUCCAGGUCACUGGAUUUAAAAAAAAAAAAAAAAAAGUCUCAAAUUUCCUGAGGGCUCAACACCACAAGUACUGCUACAGAUCAGCAUAGCAAAAGAUGCUCCAAAGGAUUACCAGUGCGUAUCGAUGUUUUUAAGAAAAUCUAUUUUAUUUGUGUUGAAGUUUUUUUAUUGUUUCUAAUUCUUUUUUUUGUAUCUAUGUUUGAAGGAAGAUGUGAUACCAAUUGUGGGCUAUAGACAGUAUAUACAGUAGAUAUAUUUAUGAAUUUGUAUUACAUUUCUUCUACCUUUUUUCUCGUGUUACAAUAUUUAAAGAAAAGGGAAUUAUGGGUAAGAAGUAUUGCCCGUUUAUGAAAAUGCGUAUGAGAAUCAAAGCUCAAGUCAAGGCAACACUUUAGCUCUACUCGCGGGACUCCCUGUUGUACACAGUAUUGUUUCAGCUACUUUUCUAACUACUCCCUGUUAAAAUGACUUGGCAUCUCCAAUGAGAAAUCACAAUUAUCAGAAAUAAUUCAUAAAUCAAGUACUAAUUAUUAUAAAGCCCAAAUUUUUACGCGUAUGCGAGGGUUAGCGCACAGUGCGCGUGACGCGAAUUUCGUCAUCAGAAGAGUACGCGCAUCGCAGGAUUUUUGUAACCGCACGUACUUGUACGCGCAGGUCGCACAUGCGCAUUUAAUUAUUUUGCAGUGAUUAGUUUAUCCACAAGGUGGCAAACGUGCCCUGGUGGGGUCGAUUCACAAGAUAGUCAAAGAAAAACUGCAUAACCAGAACAGACAGGAACACAUGCAAGCUACAGUGACAAUGGAGGCCUACAUAGAGCAGAGAUUGUGCGAAGAGGUUAGAAAGUACCCUCAUUUGUACAACUCUAGCAUGAAAGAAUACAAAGAUGUUUACAUGGGAUGCAACUCGUGGCGAGAGAUUGCUCAAAACUGCGUAUGCAUCGAACCUGCCAUUGCAUCGAAAUAUACCUUGUGCGUUCGACUGUGCGCGUACACUAGUGUAAACAUAAAGAAACGAAGUAUACACAGGGCUUAAGGGGGAAAUAUAUUAGAUUUAAAAAAGUAAAACAUGUAAAAAUGUCAUGGAUAAGAAAAAGAUAUUAUAACGGAUAAAAAAAAAUCAGUAUUUAAAAUCAAAUAGCAUAUCUCAGACAUUGCUACGCUUUUUGUACUGCUAGAACAUAUCAAGAAUUUAUUUACAGAAGUAUCAUUCAUCUAUAAGUGUUUUUUUUUCUGUAUCAUUGCAUUAAUUUAUUCCCAUGCUUCAUCCAAAAUGAGAGCUAAGAGAUGGUUGGACAUGGCAACUAUUCCUUGCAUGUACUCAACACAAAGACGCCAAAAGCCUCAUUUGUUUAUAGUAUGUAGAGGUACUAAUAUUUUUAUGAAUGACCUCUAAUAGAAGAGAUUCAGUAUUAGUAUUCAGUGUUUUAGAUCUAAUGAGCCCUGAAUGGAAAGGUGCAGGUUUUAUUGCUAGGACCCUCAUAAGUAGAUGACACCAAAGUAGCCGAGUCCAGUAAAACUGUGUGAGAUUAGCUUUCUCUCCAAUACAACUGACUAGAAUUGGAGCUGCCAAGUUCUUACUAUAUUUUUUAGUUCUGUGAAUUACUUUGUUGCCUGACUUUCGUGUCGCUCAAAGACAAGAUCCUCACUCGGGGAAGUGCCUUGACAUUCAAUUUUGUGGCAUCUCUUUUUGGCAAUAGUUGAUUUAAACUCUUGCCACAUACAGUAUGUAGACUCUGGGCCUUUGAUCAAUUCAUGAGAUGACUUGUCCUGCACGGUGACUUCUGAAUUGAACUAUUGCACUUAAUUUGCCUCUGGUUUUGGAGUGAAAAAACACCAUUGGUUUUGUCAAGUACUGAAGUCGCACAUUUAAAGGGUUAGUUCACCCAAAAAUUACAUUUCUGUCAUUAAGGUCGACUAUUUUAACGACGUCUUUACUACUUUUCCAGACCUUGAAUGAUGGUAAUUACGCUGCUUUCUUUGGGGGAUA